AACAAAGGGCAGGCGCGCGCCUGCUGACGGGGCUUUGUGCCUGGUGCGGUCAGCCCGCCCGAGCCACCGGGCCCGCCGAGCCGCCAAUGAAGUGUGAAAACUGCACCAAAAAGGAAUGUAGUAAGAAGCAGAAAAACGAUGACAAGCAAAACGCAUCUGUUGAUACCCUAAGUUCAAAUGAUGAAGAGAAAAAUGAGUUCCAUAAGUUGGCUAAUGCUAAAAUAUUCCUUAGUGACUGCCUAGCUUGUGACAAUUGUAUGACAUCUGAAGAAGGAGUUAGGGUUUUCCAACAGAAUCAGAAAGAGCUCUUCCGCAUACUCAACCUUAACAAGAAAUGUGAUGUCUCAAAACACAAAGUUUUGGCAGUGUCUAUAUGCCCUCAAUCAUUGCCUUAUUUUGCUGCUAAAUUCAAUAUCUCUGUAAAUGAUGCAGCCAAGAGACUUUGUGGCUUUCUCAAAAGUCUCGGGGUACAUUAUGUAUUUGACACCACUAUAGCUGCUGACUUCAGCAUCCUGGAGAGCCAGAAGGAAUUUGUGCAGCGCUAUUGCCAACGGAACCAGGAGGAGCAUGCCUUACCAAUGUUUGCCUCUGCUUGCCCUGGUUGGAUCCGGUAUGCUGAAAGGGUACUUACCAAUCCAGUGACUCCACACAUUUGCACUGCAAAGUCUCCACAGCAGAUCAUGGGCUCCCUGGUGAAGGGUUACUUUGCCAGGCAGCAGAAUCUGUCUCCAGAUAAAAUUUUCCAUAUAAUUGUGGCACCUUGCUAUGACAAAAAACUGGAAGCCUUGCGGGAAGAUUUUUACACUGCCUUGUAUAAUUCUCAAGACGUCGAUUGUGUGCUAACAUCAGGUGAAAUUGUCCAAAUAAUGGAGCAGAAAAAUAUAUCUAUGACAGAUGUGACUGAAGUAGCUGUAGACAGUUUGUUUGGUGACAUAAAAGAAGUGGAUAUAGUAAGACAUGAUGGGAAGAGAUCUGAUGGUUACCUAGAGCACAUCUUUAAGUAUGCUGCAAAGGAGCUCUUUGAUAUGGAUGUUAAUGAAAUCACCUACAAAGCACUAAAAAACAAGGACUUCCAGGAAGUCACCCUGGAAAAAGAUGGUGAGACAGUGUUGCGUUUUGCAGCAGCUUAUGGCUUCAGAAACAUUCAAAACAUGGUCCUGAAAUUAAAGAAAGGGAAGUUCUUGUAUCAUUUUGUAGAAGUUCUUGCAUGUCCUGGAGGGUGCUUAAACGGAAAAGGCCAGGCCCAAACAGAAGAUGGAAAACUAGACAAAGCAUUGCUUAACCAGAUGGAGGAAACGUAUGCUGCUGUCCCUGUAAGGCUUCCAGAAACCAACAUGUAUGUGCAGAAGCUGUACCAGGACUGGCUUGAAGGGAUGGAUUCCAAGAAAGUCCAAGAAACUCUGCACACCAAAUACCAUGCCAUGAAUCAAACUGUGAACAGCUUGGAUAUCAAAUGGUGACAAAUGAGACUCAAAAGCUUAAAGACUUGCAUAGGUUAGCUAUAAAUUCAGCACUGGAACCAUUCUAUGCAAUUGCAGAUGCUAUGCAGUAGCCAGGUGUACAAACGAUACACUUUCCUAAUUGCGGAUCAUACUCUCAAAGAAACCAUUGCUUUUUGGGUGGGGGGCUAGCUUGUUUUGCCCUGUUCCACCCCCCCACCCCAGUAAGUGCUUUGAUGUAUUCUGGCACGUGUUAGACAUUAUGCUUCAUCUCCUAUGUAUAUGGGGAUUUCUAACUUGCCUAGGGCCUGAUCUUGCAAGGUACUGUGAGCACUUUGCCAGAAAGAAAGUGCUUUCAACUCCCAGUUAAAUUAUUUCAGGUCAGGGGUUCUCACCACUCUACAGAGCUGGACCCCUAAUAUGGGGCUCUCACUAACCCUUGUGUAUGUUGUUACUUUCAUCAGUGGAAAGUAGCCACCACAAGAUAGUUGAAGUUUUAAGGGUACAGUGUUAGGACUCCUUUUUGCCUAAAAUGUCACUUUAUGUGGUGACGUGAGAAAUGUAAUGAAUAAAUUAAAUAUAUUUAUUCCAUCAGCAUUAAAUUAAAAGUUCCUAUACCAAAACCAAAUGCUGGCAGUCAGCUUCGUAUUGACACACUAACCCUGGGAGGGGGGUUUGCAGGCAGUCCUAAAUCCUGUUAACUUCUCUCUCUCUCGUUUUUCCACAAACUAGAACCCUGGUUGAAAGUGAAUCACUUGCAAUAAAUUUUUUAUUUUGUCUGACUUCAUUAUGAAAGUGAGACACUGAUAGCAACAUUUUGUCUGUCUUCAUAUGGUAUUAUGUGCCCACUAAAAUCCACACUGCCUCUGUGCUACGAGAUUUACAACACCUCUGCUGUUUUUAUUUUCAGUUAGCCCUGAGAGCACACCAGAUUGUGUUGUCAUUUUGUAAUGCUUGACAGUCUUUUCUCUUUCUUUGAGUGCCUCCUAACUUUUUUUAAUCUUAAUUUGUGGAAACUAGUGAGCUAAUAGAAAACAGUACAAACUGAAAUACCUAAUUUGGAUGAAUUUUAAUUUUGCUAUGUUGUAUGGAUGUCUUGUUUAAUUAACGUCUAAAAAGUGGUACUUGGUAUAACCUUCCUUGCACUCACAAUUCGUGGGGGUUAUGUUUAAGAAUGUGAUGCAAAAUUCCAGCUACCUAAGUCGUCUUUCAGUUUUAUAGAAACAUUAUGCUUUUGUGUGUUUGUCUCUUUAUUGGCCUUCUUUAACUAAAGGAGUUUUAACUUGCACAUUCCAUUUCAGAAAAUGUGGAUGGGCUUUGUCAUGAUCUCAGGAAGUGGUUUUUUAAAUGCAUCUAAUUUAUAAUCUGUUACUGUGCUUGUGUGUAUAGCAGCUGGUGUUACAAGACCUCUCUAAAUUUUGAGAUCAGGAUCAAGCCCUCUGCUGGGAGGCAUUCACUGCUUCCUUUUUUUAAUAACCACCAGCCUAAUAGUACAUAAAGUGAGCUUUUGCCAUUAUCAUGUAUAGCAACAAGGUCGCAGUGAGAAACGAGAAAUGGUACUGAAACAUCUAACCUAACCUGUUGGAAGAAGCCAGUGGCAUUAAAAUGGACCUGUUGACUCAAGUGUGGCUUCCACCUAGGCUUCCUCUCCUUCAAUAAUAAUUAAUUUCAAUAUAAAGGGAUGUGUUCUUCUUCCAAUGCACGUAGAUUUGACUGGUAUGGCUACCUGCAUGCACAAAAUGAUUAUACCUUCAAGUAAGCUUUUAUGGGAUUCAUUUUCAUUAAAUAAUGUAAAAUGUUACAUUUUUUUAAAGUGGUGCAAUAACUGAACAUAGCUAUAAAAA